UGGGACGGGAUUUUAUGUAACCAGAAAUUGGUCAAUCAAUUUACUUAGGUUAUGUUUAGGCCAAGUUUGAAUAGAAUUAAAUAAAUUUGAGCCAGGAAAGAAAAAAAUUGACAGCAGCAAGACUCGAAAUAACCUAAAAAUCCCUGUUGAUUUCUGUCAAUAUGUCUGCUUUGGCGAGUUUAUUUUAGAGCAAAAAUAAAAAAUAAUUUGUAUUAUGCUCUCAUUUAGAUUAUUUAUUUGCAAAACAAAAAAUAAAUGGGAAAAUGAACCAGAACAGUAAUAAAAUAAAUAAAUCAAAAAAGUGCACUUCAACGAAUUGUGAACCGAAAAAUGAUCUAAAUGGAAAGGCGAAAGAUACGAAUUUGAAAAAGAAACAUUCGAAAAAGGGUAAUAUCAACGGAUUAGUAAACGGACUAGUGAAUAAUGCACAAGAUUCAACCAAAGGUAACGAAAAAAACGAUAAAAACUCUAUCGAGGAGCACAUAAUACCUAGUAACAAUGAAAAUUCACAUAAAAGUAAGAAACCUAAACCACAGAAAGAAACCUCAAGAGACAAAGCAAGUGAAGACGAGGGCAUUAACAAAGACUUAAAGUCGAAACUUACCAAAUUAGAUUCAAAUGAAAAUAUUUCGAAUCAUGAAAAAAUGCUAGAACCCAGUCAGGAAUCAGACGUAUCACUUAAUUUAAGCAAUAAUAGUACAAUUACGAACGAGGACUCGAUAGCGUCUUGUAGUAAUAAAGCAACUAGUUCUAGUGACGAAAAAAUAUCAGAGAUAGUGGAAGAUCUGAAGAGUGCCGAGUUAGCGCCUAAGCAGGAGCUACCACCAAUUGAAUAUGUUCAGUACGAAUCAGAAUUGCAAAUGCCAAUGAUUAUGAAAAUUAUUCAAAAAGACCUGUCUGAACCCUAUUCCAUCUACACCUACCGUUAUUUUAUACACAACUGGCCGAAAUUGUGCUUUUUGGCUAUGUGCAAGGAUAAUUGUGUGGGUGCAAUUGUCUGCAAACUAGACGCUCAUCGUAAAGUGCUAAAACGAGGCUACAUUGCGAUGUUGGCCGUGGACCAGAACUACAGAAAGUUGGGGAUUGGGUCAACUUUGGUGCGCAGAGCAAUUCAAGAAAUGAUAGUCGGCGAUGCUGACGAAGUAGUGCUUGAGACAGAAGUGACCAAUAAACCGGCUUUGCAGUUAUAUGAAGCUCUGGGUUUUGUUCGGGAUAAACGUUUGUUUAGGUAUUAUUUAAAUGGCGUAGAUGCUCUGAGAUUGAAACUGUGGCUAAGAUGAGAAUCUUAAUUCGGUCAAAUGGUUGUAUUUGUUGCCAUAUGCUCAGGGUAUGGUGUGAGUUUGUUAAAAUUAGUUAAAUAUUCAGAAUUUUAUUCUUGUUGUUUGUUUGUUGUAUUAGUUUUUCUCUCAUAAACGCCAAAUUCGUUCGAUUCAGACCUCUGGACUAAAGUUUGUUUGUCUUCCAAAGAUGUAGUCCGAAAAUAAUAAAAAUAGUUUCUUUCGA